AUGGCUACUAACCCACAAAGGUUGUGCGCCCUUCAUGAAUCACCAUUUGAAAUAUAUUGGUUGACUCUAGAAGCUCAAGCAGAAGUCGAUGCUGAAACAAACAAUAAUCGAAGAAACACGGCCAAGUCACUUCCGCUGAUGUUACAACGUGCAAUGUCGAUUACAUCAGCCACAGGUGCUGAUGUUUCGCUCUUCAAACAAAUGAAAGGUUUUCUACGUCGACAAAGUCUUGUCACUAAAGAACUCGCAAGAAAAGAAUUUUCGAGAAAUAUUGAUGAUGAGAAAAGCAUUCCGAAACACUCAAAACGUAUUAAAGCUUUACGCUUACGUUUAUUUCUUAUUCAUUUUAUUAGAGCAUUAAUCAAACAUGCAAUUGACUUUUUCAUAUUGACAAGAACUUGGUUAUUUGUCUUUAUUUUCCUUAUUUGUGCUAUUGAAUACCGUCGAAUGACGCCAGCUGAUCCCGAUAUAACACUUUUAAAGAUUAUCUUUGAGAUCAUUUCUGCUUUUGGUGGAGUUGGUAUGUCUCUAGGCUAUCCCAAUAAAACAACAAGCUUUGCCUCUGUUCUUUCUGCUGGAAGUAAAGUCAUACUUAUUGCAACUAUGCUCAUGGGUCGACAUCGUGGUUUACUAGCAUCAAUGAAGGAUCAAGAAGUGAUUGAAUAUAGUGCUAUAAAUAUAUUGGUUCGUCGACGUGAAGAAUAUAUACUUCAAUUUCAAACUUCUAGAAUGCGCGAAACAAUAGUCGAAAAAAUAAACAGUGAUCCAAUGGUCGUACAUUUCUAG